AUGUCCUCUGAGGCAGUCAAUGAUUCCCGAGCUGAUGGAAAUGAGCAGGAGGUCCAAAGUGGAGGAACUGAGACACUGUCAAAGAGACAGAAAAAGAAACUUCUCAAACAACAGCAAUGGGAAGAACAAAGAGACCUGCGCAAGCAGAAGCGCAAGGAGCGGAAACAGCAGAGGAAAUUGGAAAGACAGGCGCAGACUGAGGACAGAACAGACUGUCCUGACAGGAAGCGUGUUCGCAAAGAGGCAGAGCCCAGUCCUCUCCGUCUGGUUAUAGACUGCAGCUUCGACAGUCUGAUGAUGCUCAAGGAUGUAAAGAAACUUCACAAGCAGAUCCAGAGAUGCUAUGCAGAGAACAGACGAGCAGCACACCCCGUCCAGUUUUAUAUAACAAGCCAUGCUGGGCAGUUGAAACAAAUUAUGGAUGAAAUUAACAAAGGCUGGGUCAACUGGAAGGAUGUCCAUAUCAAGUCAGAGCCUUUUCAUGAAGUCUUAAGCAAAGAGGAUCUGGUGUAUCUCACCUCUGAUUCGCCCAACAUACUCCAGGAGCUUGACGAGGCCAAAGCUUAUGUGAUUGGAGGAUUGGUGGACCAUAACCACCAUAAAGGAAUCUCUUUUAAACGGGCUAAAGAGCUUGGAAUCGCUCAUGCUCAACUUCCGCUGGGCAGUUUUGUCAAGAUGAACAGCCGCAAAGUGCUCGCCGUCAACCAUGUGUUUGAGAUUAUGCUGGCGUAUCUGGAGAAACGUGACUGGCAGGAAGCCUUCUUCACCGUCCUACCCCAGCGUAAAGGAGCUGUACCUGUGGGCCAAGAGAACAAACAAGAUCAGGAUGAGGAGGACUCUGAUACAUGUGAGCAAGAGACACAAAACAGUGAAGAUACAAAGGAACAAAGAAAUGGCAAACAGGAAGAACAUGAAACUCAGCAAAAGCAGUCGGAUUCAUGUGAACGGUCUGCUGUGUAA